AUGAGGUUUUCCAUCUUUUCCGCCCUCUCGCUGCUCGUUGCCAGUGCGACGGCCGAGAAUCAGUUCCUGCAUCUCGGACGCUUGCUCCCGCCCGUCGAAGAGGGGUCCUCGCUCCCCGCCGCAGGAGUCGCCUCCAAUACUACCGGCUCUGGCUUCUUUACGCAGUUACUAGACCAUGAGAACCCGAGUGCGGGAACCUUCCAGCAGAGGUUCUUCUGGAAUUCAGAGUAUUGGGGCGGCCCGGGCUCACCUGUUGUGUUCUUUACACCGGGCGAGAUUUCCGCGUCGGGUUAUGGUGAUUAUUUGACCAAUGUCACCAUCACCGGUCUCUAUGCGCAAGAGAUCAAGGGCGCGGUCGUUAUGGUAGAGCACCGAUACUGGGGCGAGUCUUCUCCAUACGACGACCUGAAUGCCGAGACUCUCCAAUAUUUGACUUUGAGCAAUGCCAUUGCCGACUUCGUCAACAUCGCAAAGACCAUUGACCUGCCGUUCGACACUAAUCACAGCAGCAAUGCGGACAAGGCACCGUGGGUUCUCUCGGGCGGAUCCUAUUCGGGUGCGAUCGCAGCUUGGACGGAAUCUACAUCCCCUGGUACUUUCUGGGCAUACCAUGCUUCCAGUGCACCAGUGGAGGCCAUCUAUGACUACUGGCAAUACUUUGUUCCAAUCCAGCAAGGCAUGCCCGUCAACUGCUCCAGAGACGUUACCCUUGUGAUCGAUUAUAUAGACAAUAUCUUGAUGCAUGGCACGCCCUCCCAGAUCUCCUCAUUGAAAGCUAUGUUUGGAAUGGAAGCUGUCGAACACAAUGACGAUUUUGCUGUUGUACUUGCCAACGGCCCAUACCUAUGGCAAUCGAACAGCUUCUACACAGGCUACUCUGGCUUCUUCCAGUUCUGUGAUGCCAUCGAGGGCGUCCAACCCGGACAGGCCGAUACACCUGAUGAAAAUGGUGUGGGUUUGGAGAAGGCUCUUGCUAACUACGCCAAUUAUGUCAAUACCACUAUCCUCCCCGGCUACUGCCAGGGCUAUGGCUACGAGUCUCCAACGGACCUAUCAUGUCUGAAUAGCUACGAUCCGUCCAACUACAUCUUCAGCCACACGCACAUCAACGACACCGCCGCUAUCUCCGCCGACAGACAAUGGAACUGGAUGCUUUGCAACGAGCCGUUUGCCUACUGGCAGGAUGGAGCACCAAGGAGCACACCGACCAUUGUCUCCCGUCUUGUUACAGCGGAAUACUACCAACGCCAAUGCUCCCUCUACUUUCCAACCGUAAACGGAUAUACAUACGGCAGCGCCAUCAACCCGAACAACAACGUUCACCAAGUUAACAAGCACACCCAGGGCUGGCGAUUAGAAGACACCACCCGUCUCAUCUGGACCAACGGGGAAUUCGACCCUUGGCGCACAUCCGGCGUAUCAUCCGAGUUCCGCCCCGGCGGCCCUCUCCAAUCGACGGCUCAACACCCGGUCCAGAUCAUUCCUGGCGGGUUCCACUGCUCAGAUCUGAGGCUGAAGAACGGGCAGGUCAACGCGGGUGUUCAAACAGUGAUCGAUAAUGAAGUUGCGCAGAUCGUGGCAUGGGUUCAGGAAUAUUAUGCUCAGUGA